AUGUCCCAGACUACCUCUCCGACCACAACCCCUCCCACCUUCCACCCCUUGCCCCGCCUCCCCUAUGAGCUCCGCCUCCUGAUCUGGGAAGCGACCAUCUCGCCACGCCGUGUCGAAGUUGACUUCCUCGUUCUCAAUCAACUCUUCCAUCAACCCCAGUGGACCCACCGCCUAGUCUCAUUGACGCCACCGCCCGCCAUACUCUCAACCUGCCGAGAAUCCCGCGAAGUAGGGCUGAAGGUGUAUAAAAAGGUAUUCCUUGGGUUGAGGAGACCUAUUCCUUAUGUCUGGUUAAAUCCCCGGUUGGACGAGCUGAAGUUGGAGCAAGGGGCAGUGGCGUAUGCACCGUCCGUCAAUGCUUUCAUCAAUGCUGCGCUGAGCCGCUGA